CGACAUGACGUGGAGCUGACAAUGAUGACGACAUGGUUUGGUGGCAAAGCAUAUAAAGUGCAGCCUUUUUGGCAGAGGGAGUCAGGCAGAGCCGCAGCGGUUACACAGCUCUAACUUACUUCUACAAUGGCAGAGACCAAGGGCGACAUUGGGCUGAUUGGGCUGGCGGUCAUGGGCCAGAACCUCAUCCUCAACAUGAACGACAAGGGCUACACCGUGGUGGCGUACAACCGAACGCAGGCCAAGGUCGACAAGUUCCUUGCCGGCGAGGCGAGUGGGACCAAGGUGCAGGGCGCGUCGUCGCUGGAGGAGCUUGUGGGCAAGCUCAAGUCGCCGCGGGUGGUCAUGAUCAUGAUCAAGUCGGGCUCGCCUGUUGACGGCGUCAUCGACGAGCUCAAGCCGCUGCUCUCGCCGGGCGAUGUCAUCAUCGACGGCGGCAACGAGGACUACCGCAUCACCAACCGGCGGGUGAAGGAGCUCGGCGAGGCCGGCAUCCUGCAUCUCGGGUGCGGCGUGUCGGGCGGCGAGGAGGGAGCUCGCUUUGGCCCGUCGCUCAUGCCGGGCGGAGCGCCCGAGGCCUGGCCCAUCGUGAAGGACCUGCUGCAGGCGACGGCGGCCAAGACGCCCGACGGCGAGCCGUGCUGCGAUUUCAUGGGCUCGGGCGGCGCCGGGCAUUUUGUCAAGAUGACCCACAACGGCAUCGAGUACGGCGACAUGCAGCUCAUCUGCGAGGCGUACUCGCUCAUGCUUGCCCAAGGCAUGGACCACGACGAGCUUGCCGCCACCUUUACCGAGUGGAACUCGUCCGAGCUUGACUCGUACCUCAUCGAGAUCACCGCAGAAAUUAUGGCCUUCCGCACCGACGACGGCGAGCCGCUGCUCCCGCUCAUUCUGGACAAGGCCGGCCAGAAGGGCACCGGCCGCCUCACGGCCAUCUCGGCCCUCGACUUUGGCAUUCCGGUCACCCUCAUUGCCGAGGCCGUCUUUGCCCGCUGCCUCUCGGCGCUCAAGGACCAGCGCGUGCGCGCUGCGCCGCAGCUGAGCGGCCCGGCCGCGAGCUCCGCCGACGACCGCACCGCCUUUCUCGACAAGCUUCGCUCGGCCUUGUACGCCGCCAAGAUCCUCUCGUACGCGCAGGGCUUUAUGCUCCUCGCUGAGGCCUCGGCCAAGUUUGAGUGGGAGCUCAACAUGGCGUCGAUUGCCCUCACCUGGCGUGAGGGCUGCAUUAUCCGCUCGGCCUUCCUCGGCAACAUUGCCGACGCCUACCACAAGGACCCGAGUCUGGAGAACCUGCUCUUUGACGACUUUUUCAACGCCGCCAUUACCAAGCACGAGUCUGCCCUCCGCGAGGUGGUGGCCUAUGGCGUGCUCAACGGCAUUGCGCUCCCUGCCUUUUCGGCCGCGCUCUCGUUCUACGAUGGCUUCCGCACCGCAGAUGGCUCGGCCUGCCUCAUUCAGGCCCUGCGCGACCGCUUCGGCGCCCACCAGUACGAGCUCAAGUCGAACCCUGGUACCUUUAUCCACACCAACUGGACCGGCCACGGCGGCGACGUGGCGUCGUCGACGUACAACGCGUAGUGUGAAGGAAACAAACGAGUUCAUUGUGUGCCA